GGAGACCCAGCUUCCCUGCGGCUCGGCAAAAUAUCGAGGCGGGCAGCUUCGCUUGUUUUGUUUUUGCGGGGCUUGUCAGAGCCCAGUGUCGGGCCUCGAGGCUGUCAAACACGGCGCGGGACGAACAGCUGGUCCCAGGGGUGAGAGGGGUCGAGAGGUCCGGGUGGGUAUGCCUCGCAGAGGUCUGGGGGGGCCGUGGUGGUGGUGGGUGCCCCGGCAUGUCGGGCGCUGAGGCCAGGCUGUACCUCGCCGUGAACGAGGCGGACCAGCGGAAACUCGACGGCGUGUUCGACACGGGCAUGCAAGGCUCCGUCUUCGAGCGGGCCGGGUUCGAGCUCCAGGCCGCCAGGAAGGACGAGUGCGGCCUGACGGUCGGCUUCUUUAUGAAGUCGGAUGCCACUGCCGCGCGGCCUGAGGCUGCACGACCUCGCGCGGCGGCCCCGCGGGCGAAGCCCAGAAAGGGCUUCUCCUAGCGGCUGCUGUCUCUCCCCCCCCCAUCGCUCUCCCACCUGGUUGCUCGUCUCCCCCCGCCCCGCCCUCCGUUCUCUUGUCUCCUUUUUUACCCUACGGCUUCCACCGGCCCCCGCCCCCUCGCGAGCUUGCCCCGGCUGCUGGCGGGGGUGUCGUCGGCAGCGCGGGCGGCGACGCGGUCGACGCGGCCGCGCAGCAAGAAA